ACCCCCGGGCCCAGCUCGCCGGGGCGGCGGGGGCGGGCCCAGGACCUUCGGCAGGUCCUCCAGGAGUCCUGCGGGCGGGAGUCCCCGCACCCGGGAUCGGGUUGGGCCGGCGCCCAUGGCGAGCGCGGCCUGCCCGGGUCCCGGGGACCCGGCCAUGUGAAGCAGGCCCGGGCUGGGGGCCCGGCUAUGGCCGGGGAACGGCCCCCACUGCGGGGCCCCGGGCCCGGAGAGGCUCCCGGGGAGGGGCCGGGGGGCGCAGGCGGAGGCCCUGGCCGGGGCCGGCCCUCCUCCUACCGGGCCCUCCGCAGCGCCGUGUCCAGCCUGGCGCGUGUGGACGAUUUCGACUGCGCAGAGAAGAUCGGGGCCGGUUUCUUCUCUGAGGUCUACAAGGUUCGGCACCGACAGUCGGGGCAAGUCAUGGUGCUGAAGAUGAACAAGCUCCCCAGUAACCGGAGCAACACGCUAAGGGAGGUGCAGCUGAUGAACCGGCUCCGGCACCCUAAUAUCCUCAGGUUCAUGGGGGUCUGUGUGCACCAGGGUCAACUGCACGCUCUUACAGAGUACAUGAACGGGGGCACCCUGGAGCAGCUGCUCAGCUCCCCAGAACCGCUCUCCUGGCCAGUCAGACUCCACCUAGCUCUGGACAUUGCACAAGGCCUACGGUACCUACACGCCAAAGGUGUGUUUCACCGGGACCUCACAUCCAAGAACUGUCUGGUCCGAAGGGAAGACGGAGGCUUCACAGCUGUUGUGGGUGACUUUGGACUGGCUGAAAAGAUUCCUGUGUAUAGGGAAGGGGCACGGAAGGAGCCGUUGGCUGUGGUGGGCUCCCCAUACUGGAUGGCUCCAGAGGUGUUGCGGGGAGAGCUGUACGACGAGAAGGCCGAUGUCUUCGCCUUUGGGAUCGUUCUCUGUGAACUCAUCGCCCGAGUACCUGCGGACCCUGACUACCUACCCCGUACUGAGGACUUUGGCCUGGAUGUGCCUGCUUUCCGAACCCUGGUGGGAAAUGACUGCCCGCUGCCUUUCCUGCUUCUGGCCAUCCACUGCUGCAGCAUGGAACCCAGCACACGUGCCCCUUUUACUGAUAUUACCCAGCACCUGGAACAGAUCCUGGAGCAGCUGCCUGAGCCCACUCCCCUCUCCAGGACACCCCUUGCCAAGGCUCCCUUGACGUACAGUCAGGGGUCUGCUCCAAGAGGAGAUACCUCCACCACGCUUCCCAGGCCAGACCCCCGGCUCUCCCGAAGCCGGUCAGACCUCUUCCUGCCACCUUCACCAGAAUCACCCCCUAGUUGGGGGGACAAUCUAACACGAGUCAACCCCUUCUCGCUGCGGGAAGACCUCAGGGGUGGCAAGAUCAAACUCCUGGACACACCCUGCAAGCCAGCCACUCCACUGCCCCUGGUGCCACCGUCACCACUGACCUCUACCCAGCUGCCCUUGGUGACCACUCCAGAGACCCUGGUCCAGCCUGAGACCCCCGUCCGCCGCUGCCGCUCACUACCUUCAUCCCCUGAGCUCCCCCGGCGGAUGGAGACCGCACUGCCAGGUCCUGGCCCUUCCCCUGUGGGCCCCUCGGCUGAAGAGAAGAUGGAGUGUGAGGGCAGUAGCCCUGAGCCAGAGCCCCCAGGGCCAGCUCCCCAGCUGCCUCUGGCCGUGGCCACUGACAACUUCAUCAGCACUUGUUCCUCAGCCUCGCAACCCUGGUCUAGAUCAGGACCUCCCCUCAAUAAUAACCCCCCUGCUGUGGUGGUAAAUUCCCCACAAGGAUGGGGUGGGGAGCCCUGGAACCGGGCACAGCACAGCCUCCCCCGUGCAGCAGCCCUGGAGCGGACAGAGCCCUCGCCACCCCCAUCCGCUCCCCGGGAGCCAGAGGACGGGCUGCCCUGCCCUGGCUGCUGCCUUGGCCCCUUCAGCUUCGGCUUUCUAUCCAUGUGCCCCCGCCCUACCCCAGCUGUUGCCCGCUACCGCAACUUGAACUGUGAGGCGGGCAGUCUUCUCUGCCAUCGAGGGCAUCAUGCGAAGCCACCCACACCCAGCCUGCAGCUGCCUGGGGCACGCUCUUAGCAAUGAGGCCCGUGAUCUCAGGCUUCCAACCUUGGCCUUCAGGAUAACCUGUAGGGACAGAGCGCACCUGCUGGACGAUGCCUGCCCCAGAUGGGCUGACUGGCACUUCUCCCCGUAUAGGGGAGCAUGGUCUCAGUGGACAGCACUUCCUAUGGGACCCUUGGGGUCACUAUCCCAUCAGGAUCACCGAACUAGACACAGCAUUGCUGACACGCAAGACUAACACGUGCAAAUUAUUUAAAAAAUUUCAAUAAAACAGCCUGGCUGGCUCCGGGCCAUCCGUCCACUCAGCGGUGACCCUCCCCUGACCCAUCUCCAGUGUGGGAAGUUCUUAAGGUCAGAGUCUUUUGUGGAGGCUUCUCUACUCUUUCCAGGAACAGUACCAUUUCUGGAGCAGCUUUCAAGCAGGCAGCAGGUUGCCAGACCAGAGCCAGCCCUUAGCUGGGCAUGCCCAAGGGUGAGGGAAUGCUGGAGGACUAGCCAUCUUAAAAAUUGGCAGGCCAUAGGUUAAGGAUGUAGGUCACAAGCUCUUGUUCAAGUGUCUGGAAAAAUAAAGCAUCGGUGAGUUCCAGUUGGCUGUCAUCAACCCUCAUCCAGUCUGUCCUAAGCUCUCCCAGCUCCCUCCUGUUCCAGGCCCUAGCUGUCC